AUGCUCGCCGCGACGACGACGGCGCUGCGCUGCGGCCUGCGCGUCCAGCGCACGCGCGCGCGCCGGCUCGCGACGCGCCUGCCCGACGCGCCGAACCUGCGCCUCCUCGACGGGUCGGACGAGCUGCGGCGCGGCCUCAGCGCCGACGGCUUCGUCAGCGCCAAGGCCGUCGACGUGACGCGCGCCGUGCGGGAGAUCUCCGAGCUCCAGGAGUGUCUGCCGCUGGCCGCCACGGCGCUCGGCCGGGCCAUCGCGUCCGUCGUGCUCAUCGCCGACGGCCUCGAGGCCGACGAGACGUUCCAGGUGCGCUUCGUCGGCGACGGCCCGCUCCGGGGCGUCUUCGCGGUCUGCAACGGCGCGCUGGAGACGCGCGGCUACGUCGGAAAUCCGAAAGUCGCGCUCGACGGCGGCGUCAAGAGCGGCGUCGGCGCGGGCCAGCUGCAGGUCGUGCGGCUGAAGAACCUGCCCGGCGAGGAGGAGCUGUCGCCCUACAGCUCCGUCGUCGAGAUCACCUCCGGCGAGAUCGCCGAGGACAUCAACUACUACGUCGCGACGUCCGAGCAGCGCGAGGGCGCGCUCUCCGCAGGCGUGUCCUUCAGCGACCUCGACGCCGUCGACGGCUGCGGCGGCUGGCGCGUCGAGCUCCUGCCGGGCGCGCCCCAGGCCGUCGCCGAGCACCUGCUCAAGAACAUCCAGCGAGUCAUCGACGAGAAGGUGACGACGACGUCCGUGCUCAAGGCGGGCAACACGUGCGAGGCCGUGCUCCGCGCGUCGACCGGCGCCGUUUUUUGUUCUCUUCCGACCGCGCGGAUGAUGCGGGCACAAAUCUGCGACUGCGGCAUCGACCGGGUCUACCGAGUGCUGGCGCUCCUGCCCCGCGACGAGAUCCAGGAUAUCCUCGACCAGAACGACAAGAUCGAGGCGCGCUGCGAGUUCUGCUCGCGGCUCUACUCGCUCGGCAAGGACGAGAUCGCCGCGCACUUCGCGCGCGUCGACGUGGAGGACGAGUAA